AUGAUCUUAGAUUUUGCCAAACUCUUUACACUCCAAUGUGCUCUAUUGUCUAAAUCUAUGGACUUCAAUUAUGAGUUGAAUCUGAAUGUGAUCUUUAUUGAUGUUCCAAGUAUCUAAAUGGGCUAUGAGGGAUUCAAUUGGUUUAGUGAAUAAGAGAAUAACAUAAAGAUGAUUGAGACCUUUGAUCAAUCUUUUAACAUGGUAUAAGGAAUGCACAGGACUAGAGCAGUUUUUUAAGGCUUCUCAAGAGAUAACAUAGUAGUCUACUAUGAAAGAGACAUGUAUUCAAAGGCUCAUAUAGUAAACAUUAUGGAGUAGUUAUAGCAAGACUAUUUAAAAAAUAAUGUGAGGCUAAGACUUUACUUUGGUACUUCAAAACCAGGAUAAACACUCUAAAGUCUUAUUGACUCAUACUGGAAGCUAAAACCUAAAGAUAUAACUUUUAGUGGUAGUAUCGAGGCAAUAGUGGAUUAUGAACUUAAUUAUCUUUUUGAAAUGUUCAGACAAUGGAGAGUAAAGUAAGAAGUCAAAAAGCAUUUCGGGUUUACAAGCAAGAACAUCAUGGAGUUCAAGAAUGAAUUCCUUGAAUUGCUUAAGAUGCCUCCAAAGAAAGACUUUUUUGUGUAUCUAUGGGCUGAUGAUUGCCCAAAAUGCAAAGAAGUCUAUUAGUUUUAUAAUGAUUUAGCAGACAAUCUUAAAGAUGUCUCUAGUGUCCAUGUAGCCUAGACUGACAUGACAGCUUCUAUCUUCUGGGGUAUUUGGCCUUACGGUCUUCCAUACUGCAGAUUUUAUGUCCAUACUAUAACUAACAACUUUGAAUAUGUGUAUGAGUAAUACACCAUAGAAGCUUAUUUGAAAUUUUUGAAGAAGAAGUCAACCAAUUUCUCUAAAUACUUGAUAGAUUAGAAAAAGAGAAAGGCUUUUCCUCCUACUCUUGAGUAAAUUGAAAGGGACUGGCAUGUUAGACACUGUGUUAAUUUAGAAAAGAAUCCUAAAAUGCUAAUGGAUCAUUUAAGGUACUGGAACCCAGAUUAUGAAAGCAUUGUAGAGCUAGUAGUAUAAGAAGAAAAAUAUAGAAAAUCAGAUGGCUAUAACAUAUAUGUUACAGAUACCUAUGAAGGAAUAACUCUUGGUCAACCAUUCUUCAGAAUUGUGAGAAAAACAUCUGGAAAUAAUGUUGGCGUUAUAUUGGUAGGGUAGCCAUUGGCUAGUUAGGAUAAGAGAGAUAACUUUUUAAUGCUAGCUAAGUCAGGAUAGAUGAUUAUGGGAAUCUAAAGUUAUAGAAACUACCCACAUUUCAGUAGAUGGGAAGAUGAUUCAGACUCUUCGAUUCAAUCUCUAAGAGAAAGAUGGCAAAAGGAAUACUUCAAAAAUUUUGCAGGAUGGUUGCAUAAUAUGGAUGAGCCCCAUAAACACUGGAAUAGCUAGCUUCCAAGACUGAAUUUUGCUGAAUCUGACUUGCAAUUCUCUAUGGUCAAAGCCUUUUGGCCUGAUAAUUUUAAUGCAAGUGAUCCAAAGAUAUAUGAUUUAGCUCUCACUCACACAGGAAAUACAAGUUGGCAUAUGGAUGUCAAGAAUUGGACUCUUGCAACGAAAUGUAUUGAUAAAAUGCUUGAAUCUGGAAAGUACACCUUCAAGUUACUUGGCAGAAAACCACCUGAAGAAUAUGAAGAUAAGUUCCCUUAUAUAGAAUUCGCCCCAUUUAAGGAAUUUUUGGGUUACGUAGGUUAAGCAGAAAUUUUACUUAUAACUAGCAUGUCUGAUGCCUCUCCAAGAAUUCUUACUUAAGCUCUAGCUUUGAAUGUUGCUGUUAUACUUAACAAACAUAUCUAUGGAGGCAAAAAAUAUAUUAAUGAACAAACAGGCUCACUAAUUGAAACUGAAGAUGAUCUUUUUGAGGCCAUUGAGGAUAUAAAGAGAAGGAGAAGAGAAGGUAUCCUAUAACCAAGAAAAUGGUUUGAAUAAUACUCUGAACUUAUUCAUCAGAAGUUGGAGGUCUUCACCGAGAUGAUAAGAAAAGAGCAAGGAUGGGAUUUAGAUAUUAAUGGUUAUCGUGAAGAUAUUACAACUAUGAUCUGA